GUUGUGGUUUGUUACACCCAGUUUCCCGUCUGUUCCUGGUUUGAUAGGUCCGGUUGAUGCUCGUUAGUCCAGCUGAUCCGUCAUUAAGCUGCUCAUUGAGUCAAUUAACUGAACGCCAAACAUGUCCGGCGGAAUUGAUGAUAUAGAUGAAGGAUUGUACUCCAGACAGCUGUAUGUUCUGGGUCCCGAGGCCAUGCACCUGAUGGGCACAGCUGACGUCCUCAUCGCGGGAAUGCGCGGUCUUGGAGUGGAAAUAGCAAAAAAUGUGAUCUUGUCCGGAGUGAAGUCUGUCACCGUCCAGGACGAGGGUCAGACGGUUUGGUCUGACCUGUCAUCCCAGUUUUUCCUGAAGGAGUCCCAUCUUGGUCAGAACCGUGCAACAUGUUCCCUUCAACAGCUGUCUGCCUUAAACCCACAUGUGUGUGUGAACGCUCAUACUGGACCGCUGGAUGAGGACUUUCUUCUGAAAUUCCAGGUGGUGGUCCUGACUGAGUCCUCACUGGAGGAUCAGAAGCGUUUUGGUCAGCUUUGUCAUUUACGUAGUAUCAAGUUAAUCGUAGCAGACACUAAAGGUCUCUGUGGUCAGUUAUUCUGUGACUUUGGGGAGGACUUUGAGGUCUUGGACAAGGAUGGGGAAGUGCCCGUAACAGCAAUGAUACAAAGUAUCUCACAGGGUAAUCCCGGUGUGGUGCUCUGCCCAGAUGACAAGAGUCAUGGAUUGUCUGAUGGCUCAAAGGUUAUAUUCUCUGGAGUUCAAGGCAUGACGGAGCUCAACUGCAUGAGCCCUGUGGAGAUCAAAGUCCGAGGCCAAUAUUCCUUCAGCAUCGGUGACACCUCUGCCUUCUCUGAGUAUGAACGGGGUGGAGUAGUAACUGAGCUUAAACCACCUUGUAUGCUUCAUUUUAAACCCCUGAGCGAGGCACUGUUGGACCACGAGCUACUGGUCAUGAAUGACUAUGGGAAAUUUUUCAGGCACCGCACCCUGCACUUGGCUUUUCAAGCCCUGCACAGCUUUGUGAACACAGAACAGAGACUCCCUCGUCCUCGAUCUGAGUCCGAUGCAGAAGCCCUGCUUGCCACAGUGAGAGAGCUGAAUACAGUCGCACAGGUGGAGCUGGAUGAAGCGGCUGUGAGAAACUUGUCCUACACAGCACAGGGGGACCUGGCUCCUGUCUGUGCUUUCAUUGGAGGCCUUGCUGCUCAUGAAGUUAUUAAGGCAUGUAGCAGGAAAUUUACGCCUCUCCGGCAGUGGUUUUAUUUUGAUGCUCUGGAGUGCCUCCCUGAAGAGGAGGACCAACUGGCUGAGUGCUCCUUUUCAGCAAAAGGCACGCGGUACGACGGGCAGAUUGCCGUGUUUGGCUCGGCCUUUCAGGAGACGCUUGAGAGGCAGAAGUACUUCCUGGUUGGAGCAGGUGCUAUUGGCUGUGAGCUCCUUAAAAACUUUGCCCUCAUUGGUCUGGGUGCAGGAGAAGAAGGACACAUCACUGUAACAGACAUGGACUUCAUUGAAAGAUCCAAUUUGAACCGACAGUUCCUCUUCAGGUCUCAGGAUAUCGGGAAACCAAAAUCAGAGGUUGCAGCCAAAGCAGUGCGAGAGAUGAACCCGCAGGUGAAAAUCACUGCUCACCAGAAUCGCCUGGAUGCCGAUAGUGAAGGAGUGUAUGAUUACAACUUCUUCAUGGGUCUUGAUGGAGUGGCAGCAGCCCUUGAUAAUGUGGAAGCUAGGGUCUAUCUAGAUGAACGCUGCGUUCAGCACCGUAAACCACUGCUGGAGGGAGGAACUCUGGGAAGUCAGGGUCAUACUCUGGUGGUCGUGCCCAACCUGACGGAGUCUUACGGGCCGGCUACUUCUGAUUCUAAAAACACCAUCCCACUGUGCACGCUCAAGAACUUCCCUCAUCGCAUUGAACACACCCUGCAGUGGGCCAGGGACCAGUUUGAAGGUCUUUUCAAACACACACCAGAAAAUGUGAAUCUUUUCCGGAGCGAUGCUGGGUUUGUUGAGAGGACUCUUGGCCGUGGAGACUGUGAGGCCCUGGAGGUACUUGGGGGGGUCUGGAGCAGCCUUGAGGUCAUUACAGCUGGAGGACAACGUCCAAUGAACUGGGAAGACUGUGUGAGCUGGGCACGCUGCAGAUGGGAGACCCUUUUCAAAAAUGACAUACGCCAGCUUCUUCACUGUUUCCCUGCUGAUCAGAUGACAGCUACUGGUCUACCCUUCUGGUCUGGAUCCAAGAGGUGCCCUCACCCGCUGGCCUUUGACCCGGACAGUUGUUCCUGUAUGGAUUAUGUUGUAGCAACAGCUAACCUGUAUGGUCAGAUCUACGGAAUCACCGGGACAAGAGACUCAGCAUCCAUCAGAAACAUCUUAGAGGAAGUCUCUGUACCAACUUUCACUCCGAAGUCCUCCGUCAAGAUUCAUCUCACUGACAAAGAGAUGGAAGAGGACAAAGAAAAGGACAGGGAUGAUGCUGAAAAAGCCCGACUUGAGGAGUUAAAGGAAAAGUUGGCCUCACCGGCUCUCAAAAGCUCAGCCAUGCAGAUGUUCCCCAUGGACUUUGAGAAGGAUGAUGACAGUAACUUCCACAUGGACUACAUCGUUGCAGCUUCUAACCUGAGAGCAGAGAACUACGACAUCCCUGCAGCCGAUCGGCAUGAGAGUAAGCGCAUUGCUGGAAGGAUCAUCCCGGCCAUAGCUACCACCACCGCUGCAGUGGCGGGUCUGAUGUGCCUGGAGCUGUACAAACUGGUGCAGGGUCACCAGAAGAUCAGCUCCUACCGCACGGCUUACUUCACCCUGGCUGUUCAGUACUUUGUGAUGUCCCAGCCAAGCUCGCCCCCGCAUUUCAAAAUCGCAGGAAAGAAAUACACCCUGUGGGAUGACUUCCUGGUUGAGGGCAGACGUGGCGGUCAGCAGGAAAUGACCUUGGGAGAUCUGCUCCAGUAUAUCAAGGAAAACAGUAGCUUAACAGUUCGCAGUCUCUACUAUGGAACAGCCAUCCUUUACAGUGGACAAGAAGAGAAGCUCAUGCUGAGUGUGUCUGACGUAGUGAGGAACGUCACCAAGACAGAAAUCCCUCCUCACAAGAAGAUGCUGGAGUUGGUUCCCUCAUUUGAUGAAGAGGACGACUCUGACUACUGCCUGAUGAUCAGAUACCUGCUUCUGUGAUGCGAACAACAUAAAGUUAAAAGAGAAAGGCAUCGCAUUGAACCUUUGUUCACAAAAGUCUAACAUUCCUCUGACAUGCUAUCUGUUAAAGAGCACCAGCUUUUGUUGCUUUAGCAAGUUCCACUUGUUUGUGUCUAUAAUCAGCUCUGAAAUACCUCAGCCGUGUCCCACAGAAAUACUAUGGAAAUCACGAUUGAUAUUGAUUUCCUGUUUCUGUUUUGUUAAAAAGCAAAAGAUGAUCGUUUUUAAAAUUUCAGUUUACCCUAUAGUAGAAAAAAUCCCAUGACAUUCUGUUUUCUCACUUUUGGUUUAAAUUAGAUGUAUAGAUCGCCCUUAAAGAAGUCGGCUUAGAGGUAAUGAAGAUUCCCCCCCCCCCCCCCCAAGGCCUGUGGAAUAGAUGAUCUGGAGCUGGUGGGGCAGUGUUGGUCUUCUUUUCAGGAUUUAAUUCAGGUCAGACCGAACAAGAUGUUGGAAGUACUGCAGUGAAGUCAGAACAGGCGGUUGACACAGUAGGCUUUAAGCUUUGACCUGCUCUCUUAGCACACACACACUCCCUCCCAGCAGAUAUAACACCCUCAAAAUAACAUGGUGUUUUUUUAAUCAUGUUUUUCUUAUUAAUUAUCACCGCUACAACCUUUUAAUGACAUUUAUCACUGUGUAAUGGUCUGUAAUGGUCUGUGAUUGUGACAGGAUGCUGUUUGUGAUUUAAUUACUGUAUAUUUGAAAAGAAUGCAAUAAAUAUGCGCUUAUGAGGAUCA